AUCAUUACGUGUCUUCCUGAUUACACUCCCUGCUGUCUGGAACCACUGAGCUGGUAACUGUUUAACUAGAGCUGAUAGAAUCUAGCAGCAACUUGUCAGAAGGAGAAAGGACUGUCAGGAAGCUCAAAUCUCUCACCAUGGAUGCACUCUCAGUAAGCAGCAGGAGUCUCUCUUUGAAUAUGGCGCAGCUCACACAGGACUUGGGAUCAGCUUUUUUCCAGAAUCAGCAGCUCAGUGCCUCAAUGGCUGACACAUUCCUGGAGCACCUCUGUCUGCUUGACAUUGACUCUGAGCCAAUGACAGCCAGGAACACCAGCAUCGUGUGCACCAUUGGCCCUGCCUCACGUUCGGUAGAGAUGCUGAAGGAAAUGAUAAAAGCCGGGAUGAAUAUUGCAAGAUUAAACUUCUCUCAUGGGACCCAUGAGUAUCAUGCUGGCUCUAUUCACAAUGUGAGGGAGGCUACAGAGAGCUUUGCUGUCAACCCUAUGUUCUACCGGCCGGUGGCUAUAGCGCUUGACACUAAGGGGCCUGAGAUUCGCACAGGAGUCAUAAAGACUGGGGAGAAUGCAGAGGUGGAGUUGGUGAAAGGAACAACUGUAAAAAUUAUGACCAACGAUUCUUUUCAGAACCAGUGUGAUGAAAAAACCAUUUGGGUGGAUUAUAAAAACAUCUGCAAAGUAGUAAAAGUUGGUGGAAGAAUCUUUGUGGAUGAUGGACUGCUUUCCCUCCUUGUCCUGGAGAUUGGUCCUGAUUACUGCCUAGCAGAGGUGGAGAAUGGUGGAAAUCUGUGCAGUAGGAAAGGGGUGAACUUACCAGGAGCUGAGGUGGAUCUGCCCGCACUGUCUGAGAGAGACCGCAAGGAUUUAAAGUUUGGUGUUGAACAGGGAGUGGACAUGGUGUUUGCAUCGUUCAUCCGCAAAGCACAAGAUGUUCAUGCCAUCCGCCAGGAGCUGGGAGAGAAAGGCAAGAACAUCCGGAUCAUUAGCAAGAUCGAGAACCACGAGGGUGUGAAAAGGUUUGAUGAAAUCCUUGAAGCCAGUGAUGGCAUCAUGGUGGCUCGUGGAGAUCUUGGCAUUGAGAUACCAGCAGAAAAGGUUUUUCUGGCUCAAAAGAUGAUGAUUGGGAGAUGCAACCGAGCUGGGAAACCUGUUAUCUGUGCCACACAGAUGUUGGAAAGCAUGAUUAAGAAACCUCGACCAACUCGAGCAGAGAGCAGCGAUGUGGCAAAUGCAGUGCUAGAUGGCGCAGACUGUAUCAUGUUAUCUGGAGAGACAGCCAAGGGUCUGUAUCCUGUGGAAUCAGUACAGAUGCAGCAUGCGAUCGCUCGGGAGGCUGAGGCUGCAAUUUACAACCACCAGCUGUUUGAGGAGCUGCGUAGGCUGACCCCUCUGACCCAGGACCCAACGGAGGUGACCGCUAUUGGUGCAGUGGAGGCAUCCUUCAAAUGCUGUGCUGCAGCGAUCAUUGUCCUAACCACAUCUGGCCGCUCUGCUCAGCUUCUCUCCCGUUACCGGCCUCGGGCUCCCAUCAUUGCAGUAACUCGUAAUGCCCAGGUGGCACGUCAGGCUCAUCUGAACAGGGGCGUAUUUCCUGUGUUAUACAAUGAGGCACAGCAAGACGUGUGGGCUGAUGACGUAGAUCGAAGGGUGCAGUUUGGCAUCUCAAUUGGUAAAGUACGUGGGUUCCUAAGGAAAGAAGAUAUUGUGAUCAUUUUGACAGGCUGGAGACCAGGAUCUGGAUACACCAAUAUCAUGCAGGUUGUUUGUGUACCCUAGGCAGAAAAAGUACUUGCCCUGGUGCCAGAUCAUAGCCAGGGUGGUUUUAGUAGCUUUCAGGAUGUCCUAAUAAAGCAGCUGUCAUAUAGUACUAUAUAGAGAAGCACAUAUGCACUAUUCUUGGCCGCUGGAAAUGGUUGAUCCUAGAGGAAGAUACUCUACAGGCAUUACAGGUUCCUACAUGCCAGCACAAGACGUUAAUACCCGUAAUCCUUGCACUUUGCUUUACAUUCCUUAUUAAAGACCUUUUGCAGUGGA